AUGGCUCCGUCAAGGGGGUUCGGCUUCAGUCAUGCAUCGCGGGCGCUCGAUCAGUGCGACAUCAGCUUCUCUCCUGCAAAGCUGCCCACCACAUGGCAGAGAGGAGGAUACUCUCGUCGACGACACAGUAGCAUCAGCAGUAGCACAGCCGGUGGCCUGCGCAGCUUGUGCCCUCUGCUGCCAUGGACCGCACGCCACUCGCAGACGCAUGGAGUUUCACGCAACAGCACGAUGAGUACCCACAGCAGAGGCUUCUCAUCAUUCACGGAGCAGCUGGCAGACACGGCGAACAAGCUGCAGAGCUAUGUGUCGAGCAGCAGCGAUCCAUACCUCAACCUUGCCAUUGAAGACCACAUUCUCCGCAAAAGCCCAGCCGACAGCACAAUCCUCUUCCUCUACGUGAAUCGGCCCUGCGUGGUCAUCGGCCGCAACCAGAAUCCGUGGACUGAAGUCAAUCUCGGCCUCCUCCACGCCGCCCGCAGCACACAACAGCCCCAAGGACAGGCGUCUCCGGCUAUCGGCACUGUCGACCUUGUGCGCCGCCGCUCAGGAGGAGGCACCGUCUUCCACGACGAGGGCAACCUCAAUUGGAGCAUAAUAUGCCCCCGCGGAGACUUCACGCGUGAUAAACAUGCCGAGAUGACUGUCCGCGCGUUGCGCAAGCUGGGCGUCGGGCGGGCCAGAGUCAACGAGCGACACGACAUUGUGCUUGAUCAAGGACACGAAGAACAUGCCUCCGACCCCAACGAUACACAUCGCACGCCCUACACCGUCGGCGAAGAUGCGCUGCCACGGCCCCUCAAAGUCUCUGGGUCGGCCUAUAAGCUCACUAGGCAGCGCGCCCUCCAUCAUGCCACCACAUUGCUGAGUUCGCCGAAUCUGCGCAUAAUACCACAGUACCUGCGAUCACCAGCGAAGAAACUCAUACAAGCAAAGGGCGUCGAAAGCGUCAGCUCUCCCGUUGGCAACAUUGGCCUUGAUCUUCCAGCGUUUCAGCAACACAUGCAGGCCGAGUUUGCAGCCAUGUACGCAAACCUUGGGCCAACAACCACCAGAACCGUUGGCGAUGACUACCUCAACAUCCCAGACAUCUACAAAGGGUAUGAGGAGCUACAGACGGAAGAUUGGAUGUGGUCGCAGACCCCACAAUUCGACCUUUUGCUUGACUCCGACUCCGACGUCGGCAUCAGCAUGAAUGUCCAUCAUGGAAUCAUCAAGAGUUUAGAGUUCAAUAACGACUCCAUACCAAGAAAGACUCUGGAAGAGUUGCGCGAUGUGCUUCUCGGGCAGAAGCUGCAAGAUAUCGGCCGCUGGGAGCCGUUCCUGCAGCGACGGCUCCGAAGAUGGGACAAGCCUGUCGCGAAGAUGGCCAAGCGUCUGGAUGAAGUCUUGCCAGUGCCCAAGCUGCGUAAUGCUAAGAGCCAAUCAAGAUGA